CUUGUCCUGACACAACACGGGUCAAAACAAAGAGUAAUCUGAUGGCGUCUGAAGACAUUGCGGAGUUAACGGAUGCCCUGGCCAAGACCCAUGUCGGGGAUGAGGAGCUGAGUUACAAGGGUCGAGGGCUGAAGCUGGACAGUGCACAAUCCGUGGAAGGGAUUGUUCGGGAACUUGAAGAGUUCCAGGGUCUGCGGGCCCUCAGACUGGAGGGAAACACUCUUGGGGUGGAGGCAGCUCGGGCAAUUGCAAAGGCUCUGGAAGGCAAACGUGAACUGCAGCGAUGUAACUGGAGCGACAUGUUUACGGGUCGACUUCGCUCAGAAAUCCCUCCUGCUCUGAGGUUGCUGGGUGAUGCGCUGAUUACAUCAGGGGCCAGGCUGACUGAAUUGGACUUGAGUGACAAUGCCUUUGGGCCUGAUGGAGUGCAGGGCAUUGAGACGCUGCUCAGAAGCCCCACGUGCCACACCCUGCAGGCACUCAGGCUGAAUAACUGUGGCAUGGGCAGUGGAGGCGGCGUUAUCUUGGCUUCAGCAUUAACCGAGUGCUAUAAACAGUCCAGUGCUGCUGGUGCCCCCCUGAGGUUAAAGGUGUUCAUAGCAGGACGAAAUCGAUUAGAGAACGACGGUGCUGCAGCCCUUGCUCGAGCAUUUCAGUUGAUUGGCAGUCUGGAGGAAGUACACAUGCCCCAGAAUGGGAUCAAUCAUCCUGGAAUUGUUGCUCUGGCCUCUGCCAUGCAGCGGAACCCAAACCUGCGCAUCCUCAACCUCAACGACAACACCUUCACCAAGAGAGGAGCAGUCGCCAUGGCCCAGGCCCUCAGGCACCUCCAGAAGGUCCAGGUUGUAAAUUUUGGGGACUGUCUGGUGCGCUCUGAGGGAGCUGUCGCCAUGGCAGCAGCCCUGAGGGAAGGACUGCCUGUUCUCAAGGAGCUGAAUCUGUCAUUUGGGGAAAUUUCAGAAGCUGCGGCUUUGGUGGUGGCCCAGGCCGUCAAAAACAAAGCCCAACUGGAGAAGCUGGACCUCAAUGGGAAUUGCCUGGGAGAUGACGGUUGUGAGGCUCUCAGAGAGGCCAUGGAAAAGAUGAAUAUAGCUGAUCUGCUGGGCUCCCUCAGUGAUGAUGAAGGGGAACCAGAUGAUGAUGAUGAUGAUGGAGAUGAUGACGACGAUGAUGAUGAUGAAGAAGAGGAAGAUGAUGAAGAUAAGGAUAAGCAGGAAGACGCAGAGCAGAGUGCACUUAGCCACGGAGAUGUCGACAGCAUGGGAAAGGUGAGUUCAUCCACCUGUACUGGGGAACUCCAAUCUUUCCUCUGUAAGCCUACGCCAGAGACUCUGCUCAACUUGGGAGCUGAGAAAGACAAGAUUAUUGAGCAGCAGGUUGAUUUUACAGAUGCUGAAAAGAUCGCAGAUACAUUCCUCAAGAUCUCUUCGGUGUACAAGGAGGAACCGGCAGUGAAACAAGCGGUUCUGGAAAGUAUUGACGUGCUGUUGAAGAAAGCAUUUUCCAAAUCUAUUUUUCAUGCCUACAGUUUCGUCUCCUCAUUACUGGUGAAUCUGGGAUUGUUAAAGGGAGAAGACAAAAAGAAUACCAUUGUGCCUGUGCUUCCUGGUCACUUGCUGGCUCUGGAACAUUCUGUCAGGCAGAGCUAUUUUCCUCAGGAUCUCACCGGUGUGCUGGAGGCCUUUGUAUCUCGGAAUGGGAGAGUCUUAGAGUCUUGCUCCAGUGCCAGAGAUGUCCUGAAGACCACUUUGGAUGAAAGAAUAGCUGCCUAGUGCCCCUGCCCCCUCUCUUUCCACUAUCUGUGACAAA